AUAAAACCAGUUGACCUCUCAUUCAAUGCCUAAACAAAAACUCCAUCUUCCCUCUUCCUAGAGGAAACUUCAAAAGGGUCAUUUUGUUAUAAGGGUCCAAAUUCACAACACAAAUCACUUCAGGAGAAAAAAGCUGCUUUUUUCACAAUAUGGAAAGCCGUUUCUUGAGCGCAGCUUUUGGUUUGGUUUUGGUUUUUGCGUUUGUGAUUGGAGGGAAUUAUGCACAAGAGUCAACUACACUUGUUCCGGCAAUCAUGACUUUUGGAGACUCAGCAGUUGAUGUGGGCAACAAUGACUACCUCCCUACCAUUUUCAAGGCCGAUUACCCUCCUUAUGGAAGGGACUUUGUGAACCAUCAGCCUACUGGGAGGUUUUGCAAUGGCAAACUGGCCACUGACAUCACUGCUGACACUCUAGGGUUCAGUACUUAUCCGCCGGCGUACCUUAGCCCACAAGCAUCAGGGAAGAACCUUCUGAUCGGAGCCAACUUCGCUUCAGCUGCAUCCGGUUACGAUGAUAAGGCAGCGACCUUAAGUCAUGCAAUCCCAUUGUCCCAGCAGCUGCAAUAUUACAAGGAGUACCAGACGAAGCUUGCCAAGGUAGCAGGCAGCAUGAAAGCGGCAUCGAUCAUCAAGGAUGCUCUCUAUUUACUGAGUGCCGGAAACAGUGACUUUCUUCAGAAUUACUACGUCAACCCUUUUGUUAACAAAGUCUACACUCCCGAUCAGUAUGGUUCCAUCCUUGUUGGUGUCUUCCAAGGCUUCAUUACGGAUUUGUAUCACUUGGGAGCCAGGAAGAUCGGGGUGACCUCACUCCCUCCAUUGGGUUGCCUCCCGGCUGCAAUCACCUUAUUUGGAAAUCAUGAGCAGGGAUGCGUCGCUAGAAUCAACUCCGACGCCCAAGGGUUUAACAAGAAGAUAACCUCUGCCGCAGACAAUCUCCAAAAGCAACUUUCAGGCCUUAAAGUCGUCAUCUUCGACAUUUACAAGCCUCUCUACGAUGUCAUUAAAGCCCCAGCAAAUUACGGAUUCGCCGAAGCAAGAAGAGGUUGCUGUGGAACGGGAAUCGUAGAGACAACGUCACUGCUGUGCAAUCCAAACUCAGUCGGAACUUGUUCCAACGCGACUCAGUACGUGUUUUGGGAUAGCGUCCAUCCAUCUCAAGCCGCUAACCAAGUGCUUGCCGAUGCAUUGAUCAUCCAAGGCAUCUCCCUCAUUGGAUAAGAGGAUUAUACGGAUCUUUCUGUAUCUCAAAAAAUGUUUAAAGACUGCUACUACUUGCACUGCUAUGUUUACAAAGAUAGUGACUCAAAAGCUUAAUAAGUAGUAUGCAAUUUGUUAAUUUAUCAAAUGGUUUAUAAAUCAAACGUGUGUC